CGUCAUACGUAGUCCAGCGUUUAUUGGAGCAUCCACUUAAUUAGCCUUACGAGCUUGCCCGCACUCAGAUCCUUGUAGCUCGUGCUGGGGUAACCCACCGGACUUGCCGUGCUGUUCCGUGUACUCCAUCAGCGUGGUAGAUCCACUCCGCUACAAUCUGGUGACCAGCCGCUUCAAGACUUUGCUCCGUUCUUGAUCCUCUCUCUGGAUGCUGUGGUCGGCAGCCUAUUUACGGAUUGAUAACACCAGGAUUGUUUUGCUAUUCUCGUGGAAUGUUACGUUGUGAGGAAUGUCUAGUGUCUUGAGAAACUGUAGACGAACUUCGGAAUUUUCCUUGCCGUAAACUGAAACGGUAAUAUGAGACCAACGUGGGGACUAGCUGCCCUAGCAUGGCUGCACGUUUUAUUUACCCAGUGCGCCAAUGCUUUUGAUCCAUUUAUGCGUGAUCCUAAAGAUCCGUGCAGUCUCAACUGUCCUAGAUUCUAUGCCCCUGUCUGUGGGAGUGAUGGGCAGACAUACUACAGUGCCUGUGUUCUACUGUCUUUCCGAUGCAAAAAGAAUGAUAAAUCACUACGUGUGCAGUAUCUAGGGAAAUGCAGAAUAAUCAUAAAAGUUGAGCAAGUCUGUCCAAGGCAUUGCCCCAACUUAAUGAUUCCAGUGUGUGGAACAGAUGGCAACACCUAUGGGAACAAGUGUUUCUUAGAGGCAGCUGCUUGUGAACGACGCCAACCCUUGCAGGUUGCUAGUCAAGGCUACUGUAUACGAACAGAGGCAGCAGGACGGUGCAACACUAGAUACAAUUUGAAGUUCAAAGCCGUGUGUGGUCGCGAUAAAAAGACAUACUUCAACCGCCAGAUUUUGCAAGUGGCUGCCUGUGUCAACAAUAGCCCAACUCUUGCUCUACAACUUCACAGAGGAAUCUGUGAAUUUGGAAGAAAAAGAGUACCGAGGGAGUGUAGAAAGCAUCGUUGUGAUGCAACCUACGAUGCUGUAUGUGGUACUGAUGGGAACACCUACAUCAACCGCUGCAUGAUGAACUACAUGGGUUGCUUACGGGGCGAUACAUCAUUGAAAUUAGUGUACAAGGGGGAGUGUAGAGAUGAGGUUAUUGUUACUUCAACAUCAGUAAGGCCAACAAGACCUUCAACAUUAACCACAGUCUUAACAACCUUGGCACCAACCGUUGGAGUUGGCGUGGACCCAAGAACUCUCAAGCCAAUUAACCCACUACUUGAAGAGCCAUCCACAGUGAUAGCAACUGCAACACCUGGAACAACUGCAGCUGUAGUCCCAACAAAUCCUAUCACAACAAUGAAACCUACAGCAGUUAGUGUAACAAGUGCGGAAUCAACCACUGAAGAGGCAACCAAUACUUUAGAGCCUAUAACAACUGAAAAGUUAGCUUCAACUCCACAGACGUCCACAAAGUUAUCAGCUGAGUCCAGAACAGAACUGACGACAACAAUAACACCAUCAACAUUUGAAGGAAUAACCACAAGUUUAGUGCCUAAAACAACUGUAAAGUUAAUCAUGGCUCUGGAUGCUUCCACAAUUUUUUCAACUGAGUCAAUAGCAGAAAUUACGACAACAAUGAAACCGACAUCAGUGGAAGAAACAACCAUUGCUGCAAUAACUGAUGCAUCUACCGCCAGAUCAGCAAUAACAACUCUAGAGUCCACAACAACUAAGAAGUUAACCUCAACCUCUCAGACCUCCAAAACACAAUCAACUGAGUCAGAAACAGAUUUCUUGACAACAAUGAAACCAACAAUAGUUGAAACAACUGGAAGUGCAGCAGCUGUUGAUUCAACCAUAAAAUCAGCGUCCACAACUUUAGAGCCCACAACAACUCAAAAGCUACUCUCAACUCCACAGGCCUCCACAACACUGUCAACUGAGUCAAGAGAACAAGUUGCGUCAACAAUGAAACCAACAACAGUGGAAGGAACAACCACACAUAUAGCAACUGUUGGAUCAACCACACAGACAGCGAGCACAACGUUAGAGCAAAUAUCAACAACUCAAAAGCUAACCUCAACUCCACAGGCCUCAACACCAUUGUCAGCUGAUGAGUCAAGAGAAGUUGUGACAAUAGUAAAACCAAUAACAGUUGAAGGAACAAUCUCAAGUAUUGAAUCAACCACAGAGUCAGCAACCACUACUUUAGAUCCCACCACAACUCAAAAGCUAACCUCAACUCCACAGGCCUCCACAGCAUUACCAACUGAGUCAAGAGCAGAAGUUGCUACAACAAUGAAACCAACAACAGGGGAAGGAGCAAUCACAAAAACAGCAACUGUUGAAUCAACUACUGAGACAGCGACCACAACUUUAGAUCCCACAACAACUCAAAGGCUAACCUCAACUCCGCAGGCUUCCACAGCAUUGCCAACUGAUGAGUCAAGAGAGGAAGUUGGGACAACAUUGAAACCAACAAAAGUGGAAGGAACAACCACAGAAUCAACAACCAUAACUUUAGAGCCCACAACACCUCAAAAGCUAACCUCAACUCCACAGGCCUCCACAACAGUGGAAGGAACAACCACAAGUACGGCAACUGUUGAAUCAACCACAGAGUCAGCAACCACAACUUCAGAGCCCACAACAACUCAAAAGCUAACCUCAACUCCACAUACCUCCACAGUAUUACCAACUGAGCCAAGAGCAGAAGUUGUUACAACAAUGAAACCAACAAUGAAACCAAGUAUUGAAUCAACCACAGAGUCAGCAACCACUACUUUAGAUCCCACCACAACUCAAAAGCUAACCUCAACUCCACAGGCCUCCACAGCAUCACCAACUGAGUCAAGAGCAGAAGUUGCUACAACAAUGAAACCAACAACAGGGGAAGGAGCAAUCACAAAAACAGCAACUGUUGAAUCAACUACUGAGACAGCGACCACAACUUUAGAUCCCACAACAACUCAAAGGCUAACCUCAACUCCGCAGGCCUCCACAGCAUUGUCAACUGAUGAGUCAAGAGAGGAAGUUGGGACAACAUUGAAACCAACAAAAGUGGAAGGAACAACCACAGAAUCAACAACCAUAACUUUAGAGCCCACAACACCUCAAAAGCUAACCUCAACUCCACAGGCCUCCACAACAGUGGAAGGAACAACCACAAGUACGGCAACUGUUGAAUCAACCACAGAGUCAGCAACCACAACUUCAGAGCCCACAACAACUCAAAAGCUAACCUCAACUCCACAUACCUCCACAGUAUUACCAACUGAGCCAAGAGCAGAAGUUGUUACUACAAUGAAACCAACAACAGGGGAAGGAGCAAUCACAAAAACAGCAACUGUUGAAUCAACUACUGAGACAGCGACCUCAACUCUAGAUCCCAUAACAGCUCAAAAGUUAACCUCAACUCCACAGGCCUCUACAGCAUUGUCAACUGAUGAGUCAAGAGAGGAAAUUUGGACAACAUUUAAACCAACAAAAGUGAAAGGAACAACUACAGAAUCAACAACCAUAACUUUAGAGCCCACAACAACUCAAAAUCUAACCUCAAUUCCACAGGCCUCCACAACAUUGUCAACUGAGUCAAAAAAACAAGUUGUGUCAACAAUGAAACCAAAAACAGUGGAAAGAACAACCACAAGUGCGACAACUGUUGAAUCAACCACAGAGUCAGCAACCACAACUUUAGAUCCCACAACAACUCAAAAGCUAACCUCGAAUCCACAGGCCUCCACAGUAUUACCAACUGAGUCAAGAACAGACGUUGUUACAACAAUAAAACCAACAACAGGGGAGGGAGCAAUCACAAAAACAGCAACUGUUGAAUCAACCACUGAGACAGCGACCACAACUCUAGAUCCCACAACAACUCAAAAGCUAACCUCAACUCCACAGGCCUCCACAGCAUUGUCAAAUGAUGGGUCAAGAGAGGAAGUUGGGACAACAUUGAAACCAACAAAAGUGGAAGGAACAACCACAGAAUCAACAACCAUAACUUUAGAGCCCACAACAACUCACAAGCUUACCUCAACUCCACAGGCCUCCACAAUAUUGGCAACUGAGUCAAGAGAACAAGUUGUGUCAACAAUAAAACCAACAAUAGUGGAAGGAACAACCACAAGUACGGCAACUGUUGAAUCAACCACAGAGUCAACAACCACAACUUCAGAGCCCACAACAACUCAAAAGCUAGCCUCAACUCAACAAGUUUCAACAGUAUUAUCAACUGAUUCAAGAGAAGACAUUUUGACAACAAUGAAACCAACAGCAGUGGAAGGAACAACCUCAAGUACGGCAGCUGUUGAAUCAACCACGGAGACAGUGACCACAACUUUAGAUCCCACAACAACUCAAAAGCUACCCUCAACUCUACAGUCCUCCCCAGCAUUAUCGACUGAGUCAAGAACAGAAGCAGUGACAACAGUGAAACCAACAACAGUGGAAGGAACAACCACAAGUGCGGCAACUGUUGAAUCAACCACAGAGUCAGCAACCACGACUUCAGAGCCAACAACGACUCAAAAGCUAGCCUCAACUCAACAAGUUUCAACAGCAUUAUCAACUGAUUCAAGAGAAGACAUUUUGACAACAAUGAAACGUACAACAUCGGAAGGACCAACCUCAAGUACGGCAACUGUGAUGAACCCCAUGAUUGUUGAGACAGCUGCAGAAUCUGUUGACUCAACCACAAGCCAACACGUUGAAUCCAUGGAGACAAUGACUACUCAUUCAACACCAACUAGACAACCCACAACAGAACGUUUACACUCAACAACCCUUACAACCCAAGAUCCUUUGUCAACUUCACAGCCUACACUAGUAUCUAAUGAAAAAAUCAGUGGAACAACUGAUUCAGCUUCUGAAAGAACAGAGCUUGUAGAGAUAUUAAAGGAAACUACUACUGCCUCUGGAAAGACUGACUCUUCAACAACUAAUCAGGCUCUUCUUAUUGACGAAACAACAGAAUUUAUAACAGAUAUACUUGUGACUAAAGAGGAAACUACAGAAGAAAUUUCAGGCAUGUCACCUUCACCUGAGUUUACUUUUAAAUAUACGAAACCGCCAUUCCAAAGAGUCACUGAUAUUGUUCCACCAACGACAUCGGAGCUGAGCUUAACAACUUUAUUUAUUGAACCUAUAGUCGUUGAUGGAUUAUCCACUACAGCAUCAGUGGAAGACUCUUCGAAGACCUCUGCUAUGAGAGACACAUCAAGACAUGUUUCGGCAACUCCAGAACCCACCCCGACGAAUUUAACUACACUGAGUACUGCCACGCCCGAUACAACCGUUGAGGCUACAAAAACAACGGUUGUUGGUGACAAUAUUGCCAGAAAUACCGUUGGUCCAACAGGAUUAGUAUCAUCUGAAGCACCUAAAGCUGCUACUCCUGAACACUACUCUGAAUUAAUUUCAACAAGUACGCAAACACCUCCAUAUCCUUCUGUCACACAAUCAUUCAGUGAGGUUGAGGAAUCGUCUACUGCACAGAUUCCAAUGGAGUCAUCUUCCAUUGUUCCCACCACGACUCAUGCUGUAUCAACCCAAAGCAGCAAACCAGAAGUGGUCUCCUCUUCAACACCCAAAUCUUUAUCAGAGGGUCCUCCUGUUACGACAGUUUCUCCAAUUUCGAUCUCAUCAACCACUGUCAUUCCAGGUUCAGUAACCCCUUCUGAACCGAUUAGUGACACUACACACAAGCCAAUGGAAGGUUUUACAGAGGAUGUUGCCAAAACAAUAGGAAAGGAUGUGACAGAAGGUGCAACAACCAAAUCAUUUUCAAAAACAGAUAUUGUGGAGAUUUUGACAGAAAGCUCUACACCUUCUGUUCCCAUGCAAACUGAUGCCAGCCUUACCUCAUUAGUAAAUCAAGACCUGAUGGACAAAACUAUCGCAGUUACACAAUCAAGCCCCAAAACAGAUUCAUUUUUGACUGAAGAAGACACAACUACAGAGGAAAUUUCAGGUUUGGGUCUUUCACCUCAAUCAGUUGUUUCACCUAAGACAACACCAUAUCAGAGAGUAACUGAUAUUGGGUCAGAAACCACUGAGGAUCUGAGUUUUACAAGUGUACCUCUUGGACCUACAACAGCUGCUGAGAAAACUACUCAAACACCAGUUGACAUCUCUGUUGGUCCUCCCGGUUCUUUUUCUGCUGGACCUCCUGGUGUCACUACAACAAGUGGUAAACCUACUGAUGACCUUUCGUCUUCUGUAACCUCUGUAACCACACCUUUUCCAACAGGAAGCACAUUACCUGUUUUCAGCAGUUCAACCAAGGCUUCUGAUAGACCUGAUGUUUUGAAUGAAGUAGACAAUUCCGUCACAGACAUGGCUGAGAUGCAAACAAAACCAACAACGCCAAUUUCUGGUGUAGCCCAAACAACAACAUCUGGAGAUUUUGAAGCAACUUCUCUGUUUGUUGACAAAAUCAAAGACACCAAAGCUACAGACUCUUCUGGUUUGAUGCCUUCUACAAAGGUUACAGAGCCCCCAUCAUAUGUAACGGACCAAGCAACAGAUAUGGCUUCAGCCGAGGUUGAUAAAAUAACCUUUACUGAUGAAAGUCCUGCAACAAAACAUGUGACAACUCGGCCAUCAUCAGUGACAACAAAGGAGGUUGUUUAUGCAUCAGAUUCAGUUACAGGACCAGCUGAAACUACAAAGACAUCCAAUGCAAUCAUUUCCAGUACGACUAUUGGUCAAACUGCAUUUGUAUCGUCAAGUGCGUCUGAUGCUGCUACUCCAGGAGAGAAACAUGCAUCACUUACAACAAGUGAGCACAUGAAAACUGUCGACUCCUCAACAGAACCUCCUCCACUUGCUUCUGCCACACCCUCAUUCAGUAGGACUGAGGAAUCAUCUACAACAAAGACUGUAAUGGAGUCAUUUUCCAUUGUUCCCACCACGACUCAUGCUGUAUCAACCCAUGACAGCAAACCAGAAGUGGUCUCCUCUUCAACACCCAAAUCUUUAUCAGAGGGUCCUCCUGUUACGACAGUUUCUCCAAUUUCGAUUUCAUCAACCACUGUCAUUCCAGGUUCAGUAACCCCUUCUGAACCGAUUAGUGACACUACACACAAGCCAAUGGAAGGUUUUACAGAGGAUGUUGCCAAAACAACAGGAAAGGAUGUGACAGAAGGUGCAACAACCAAAUCAUUUUCAAAAACAGAUAUUGUGGAGAUUUUGACAGAAAGCUCUACACCUUCUGUUCCCAUGCAAACUGAUGCCAGCCUUACCUCAUUAGUAAAUCUAGACCUGAUGGACAAAACUAUCGCAGUUACACAAUCAAGCCCCAAAACAGAUUCAUUUUUGACUGAAGAAGACACAACUACAGAGGAAAUUUCAGGUUUGGGUCUUUCACCUCAAUCAGUUGAUUCACCUAAGACAACACCAUAUCAGAGAGUAACUGAUAUUGGGUCAGAAACCACUGAGGAUCUGAGUUUUACAAGUGUACCUCUUGGACCUACAACAGCUGCUGAGAAAACUACUCAAACACCAGUUGACAUCUCUGUUGGUCCUCCCGGUUCUUUUUCUGCUGGACCUCCUGGUGUCACUACAACAAGUGGUAAACCUACUGAUGACCUUUCGUCUUCUGUAACCUCUGUAACCACACCUUUUCCAACAGGAAGCACAUUACCUGUUUUCAGCAGUUCAACCAAGGCUUCUGAUAGACCUGAUGUUUUGAAUGAAGUAGACAAUACCGUCACAGACAUGGCUGAGAUGCAAACAAAACCAACAACGCCAAUUUCUAGUGUAGCCCAAACAACAACAUCUGGAGAUUUUGAAGCAACUUCUAUGUUUGUUGACAAAAUCAAAGACACCAAAGCUACAGACUCUUCUGGUUUGAUGCCUUCUACAAAGGUUACAGAGCCCCCAUCAUAUGUAAAGGACCAAGCAACAGAUAUGGCUUCAGCCGAGGUUGAUAAAAUAACCUUUACUGAUGAAAGUCCUGCAACAAAACAUGUGACAACUCGGCCAUCAUCAGUGACAACAAAGGAGGUUGUUUAUGCAUCAGAUUCAGUUACAGGACCAGCUGAAACUACAAAGACAUCCAAUGCAAUCAUUUCCAGUACGACUAUUGGUCAAACUGCAUUUGUAUCGUCAAGUGCGUCUGAUGCUGCUACUCCAGGAGAGAAACAUGCAUCACUUACAACAAGUGAGCACAUGAAAACUGUCGACUCCUCAACAGAACCUCCUCCACUUGCUUCUGCCACACCCUCAUUCAGUAGGACUGAGGAAUCAUCUACAACAAAGACUGUAAUGGAGUCAUCUUCCAUUGUUCCCACCACGACUCAUGCUGUAUCAACCCAUGACAGCAAACCAGAAGUGGUCUCCUCUUCAACACCCAAAUCUUUAUCAGAGGGUCCUCCUGUUACGACAGUUUCUCCAAUUUCGAUUUCAUCAACCACUGUCAUUCCAGGUUCAGUAACCCCUUCUGAACCGAUUAGUGACACUACACACAAGCCAAUGGAAGGUUUUACAGAGGAUGUUGCCAAAACAACAGGAAAGGAUGUGACAGAAGGUGCAACAACCAAAUCAUUUUCAAAAACAGAUAUUGUGGAGAUUUUGACAGAAAGCUCUACACCUUCUGUUCCCAUGCAAACUGAUGCCAGCCUUACCUCAUUAGUAAAUCAAGACCUGAUGGACAAAAAUAUGGCAGUUACACAAUCAAGCCCCAAAACAGAUUCAUUUUUGACUGAAGAAGACACAACUACAGAGGAAAUUUCAGGUUUGGGUCUUUCACCUCAAUCAGUUGUUUCACCUAAGACAACACCAUAUCAGAGAGUAACUGAUAUUGGGUCAGAAACCACUGAGGAUCUGAGUUUUACAAGUGUACCUCUUGGACCUACAACAGCUGCUGAGAAAACUACUCAAACACCAGUUGACAUCUCUGUUGGUCCUCCCGGUUCUUUUUCUGCUGGACCUCCUGGUGUCACUACAACAAGUGGUAAACCUACUGAUGACCUUUUGUCUUCUGUAACCUCUGUAACCACACCUUUUCCAACAGGAAGCACACUACCUGUUUUCAGCAGUUCAACCAAGGCUUCUGAUAGACCUGAUGUUUUGAAUGAAGUAGACAAUUCUGUCACAGACAUGGCUGAGAUGCAAACAAAACCAACAACGCCAAUUUCUAGUGUAGCCCAAACAACAACAUCUGGAGAUUUUGAAGCAACUUCUAUGUUUGUUGACAAAAUCAAAGACACCAAAGCUACAGACUCUUCUGGUUUGAUGCCUUCUACAAAGGUUACAGAGCCCCCAUCAUAUGUAAAGGACCAAGCAACAGAUAUGGCUUCAGCCGAGGUUGAUAAAAUAACCUUUACUGAUGAAAGUCCUGCAACAAAACAUGUGACAACUCGGCCAUCAUCAGUGACAACAAAGGAGGUUGUUUAUGCAUCAGAUUCAGUUACAGGACCAGCUGAAACUACAAAGACAUCCAUUGCAAUCAUUUCCAGUACGACUAUUGGUCAAACUGCAUUUGUAUCGUCAAGUGCGUCUGAUGCUGCUACUCCAGGAGAGAAACAUGCAUCACUUACAACAAGUGAGCACAUGAAAACUGUCGACUCCUCAACAGAACCUCCUCCACUUGCUUCUGCCACACCCUCAUUCAGUAGGACUGAGGAAUCAUCUACAACAAAGACUGUAAUGGAGUCAUCUUCCAUUGUUCCCACCACGACUCAUGCUGUAUCAACCCAUGACAGCAAACCAGAAGUGGUCUCCUCUUCAACACCCAAAUCUUUAUCAGAGGGUCCUCCUGUUACGACAGUUUCUCCAAUUUCGAUUUCAUCAACCACUGUCAUUCCAGGUUCAGUAACCCCUUCUGAACCGAUUAGUGACACUACACACAAGCCAAUGGAAGGUUUUACAGAGGAUGUUGCCAAAACAACAGGAAAGGAUGUGACAGAAGGUGCAACAACCAAAUCAUUUUCAAAAACAGAUAUUGUGGAGAUUUUGACAGAAAGCUCUACACCUUCUGUUCCCAUGCAAACUGAUGCCAGCCUUACCUCAUUAGUAAAUCAAGACCUGAUGGACAAAAAUAUGGCAGUUACACAAUCAAGCCCCAAAACAGAUUCAUUUUUGACUGAAGAAGACACAACUACAGAGGAAAUUUCAGGUUUGGGUCUUUCACCUCAAUCAGUUGUUUCACCUAAGACAACACCAUAUCAGAGAGUAACUGAUAUUGGGUCAGAAACAACUGAGGAUCUGAGUUUUACAAGUGUACCUGUUGGACCUACAACAGCUGCUGAGAAAACUACUCAAACACCAGUUGACAUCUCUGUUGGUCCUCCCGGUUCUUUUUCUGCUGGACCUCCUGGUGUCACUACAACAAGUGGUAAACCUACUGAUGACCUUUUGUCUUCUGUAACCUCUGUAACCACACCUUUUCCAACAGGAAGCACACUACCUGUUUUCAGCAGUUCAACCAAGGCUUCUGAUAGACCUGAUGUUUUGAAUGAAGUAGACAAUUCUGUCACAGACAUGGCUGAGAUGCAAACAAAACCAACAACGCUAAUUUCUAGUGUAGCCCAAACAACAACAUCUGGAGAUUUUGAAGCAACUUCUAUGUUUGUUGACAAAAUCAAAGACACCAAAGCUACAGACUCUUCUGGUUUGAUGACUUCUACAAAGGUUACAGAGCCCCCAUCAGAUGUAACAGACCAAGCAACCGAUAUGACUUCAGCCGAGGUUGAUAAAAUAACCUUUAGUGAUGAAAGUCCUGCAACAAAACAUGUGACAACUCAGCCAUCAUCAGUGACAACAAAGGAGGUUGUUUAUGCAUCAGAUUCAGUUACAGGACCAGCUGAAACUACAAAGACAUCCAAUGCAAUCAUUUCCAGUACGACUAUUGGUCAAACUGCAUUUGUAUCAUCAAGUGCGUCUGAUGCUGCUACUCCAGGAGAGAAACUUGCAUCACUUACAACAAGUGAGCACAUGAAAACUGUCGACUCCUCAACAGAACCUCCUCCACUUGCUUCUGCCACACCCUCAUUCAGUAGGACUGAGAAAUCAUCUACAACAAAGACUGUAAUGGAGUCAUUUUCCAUUGUUCCCACCACGACUCAUGCUGUAUCAACCCAUGACAGCAAACCAGAAGAGGUCUCCUCUUCAACACCCAAAUCUUUAUCAGAGGGUCCUCCUGUUACGACAGUUUCUCCAAUUUCGAUCUCAUCAACCACUGUCAUUCCAGGUUCAGUAACCCCUUUUGAACCAAUUAGUGACACUACACACAAGUCAAUGGAAGGUUUUACCGAGGACGUUGCCAAAACAAAAGGAAGGGAUGUGACAGAAGGUGCAACAACCAAAUCAUUUUCAAAAACAGAUAUUGUGGAGAUUUUGACAGAAAGCUCUACACCUUCUGUUCCCAUGCAAACUGAUGCCAGCCUUACCUCAUUAGUAAAUCAAGACCUGAUGGACAAAACUAUGGCAGUUACACAAUCAAGCCCCAAAACAGAUUCAUUUUUGACUGAAGAAGACACAACUACAGAGGCCAUUUCGGGCUUGGGUCUUUCACCUCAAUCAGUUGUUUCACUAAAGACAACAUCAUAUCAGAGAGUAACUGAUAUUGGGUCAGUAACUACUGAGGAUCUGAGUUUUACAAGUGUACCUGCUGGACCUACAACAGCUGCUGAGAAAACUACUAAAACACCAGUUGACAUCUCUGUUGGUCCUCCCGGUUCUUUUUCUGCUGGACCUCCUGGUGUCACUACAACAAGUGGUAAACCUACUGAUGAGCUUUCGUCUUCUGCAACCUCUGUAACCACACCUUUUCCAACAGGAAGCACAUUACCUGUUUUCAGCAGUUUAAUCAAGGCUACUGAUAGACCUGAUGUUGUGGAUGAAGUAGACAAUUCCAUCACAGACAUGGCUGAGAUGCAAACAAAACCAACAAUGCCAAUUUCUGGUGUAGCCCAAACAACAACAUCUGGAGAUUUUGAAGCAACUUCUAUGUUUGUUGACAAAAUCAAAGACACCAAAACUACAGACUCUUCUGGUUUAAUGCCUUCUACAAAGGUUACAGAGCCCCCAUCAUAUGUAACAGACCAAGCAACAGAUAUGGCUUCAGCCGAGGUUGAUAAAAUAACCUUUACUGAUGAAAGUCCUGCAACAAAACAUGUGACAACUCAGCCAUCAUCAGUGACAACAAAGGAGGUUGUUUAUGCAUCAGAUUCAGUUACGGGACCAGCUGAAACUACAAAGACAUCCAAUGCAAUCAUUUCCAGUACGACUAUUGGUCAAACUGCAUUUGUAUCGUCAAGUACGUCUGAUGCUGCUACUCCAGGAGAGAAACAUGCAUCACUUACAACAAGUGAGCACAUGAAAACUGUCGACUCUUCAACAGAACCUCCUCCACUAGCUUCUGCCACACCCUCGUUCAGUAGGACUGAAAUAUCAUCUACAACAAGGAUUGAAAUGGAGUCAUCUUCCAUUGUUCCCACCAGGACUCAUACUGUGUCAACCCAAAGCAGCAAACCAGAAGAGGUCUCCUCUUCAACACCCAAAUCUUUAUCAGAGGGUUCUCCUGUUAGGACAGUUUCUCCAAUUUCGAUCUCAUCAACCACUGUCAUUCCAGGUUCAGUAACCCCUUCUGAACCGAUUAGUGACACUACACACAAGCCAAUGGAAGGUUUUACCGAGGACGUUGCCAAAACAACAGGAAGGGAUGUGACAGAAGGUGCAACAACCAAAUCAUUUUCAAAAACAGAAAUUGUGGAGAUUUUGACAGAAAGCUCUUCACCUUCUGUUCCCAUGCAAACUGAUGCCAGCCUUACCUCAUUAGUAAAUCAAGACCUGAUGGACAAAACUAUGGCAGUUACACAAUCAAGCCCCAAAACAGAUUCAUUUUUGACUGCAGAAGACACAACUACAGAGGAAAUUUCAGGUUUGGGUCUUUCACCUCAAUCAGUUGUUUCACCUAAGACAACACCAUAUCAGAGAGUAACUGAUAUUGGGUCAGUAACCGCUGAGGAUCUGAGUUUUACAAGUGUACCUGUUGGACCUACAACAGCUGCUGAGAAAACUACUCAAACACCAGUUGACAUCUCUGUUGGUCCUUCCGGUUCUGUUGCUGCUGGACCUCCUGGUGUCACUACAACAAGUGGUAAACCUACUGAUGAGCUUUCAUCUGCUGCAACCUCUGUAACCACACCUUUUCCAACAGGAAGCACAUUACCUGUUUUCAGCAGUUCAACCAAGGCUACUGAUAGACCCAAUGUUGUGGAUGAAGUAGACAAUUCCAUCACAGACAUGGCUGAGAUGCAAACAAAACCAACAACGCCAAUUCUUGGUGUAGCCCAAACAACAACAUUUGGAGAUUUUGAAGCAACUUCUAUGUUUGUUGACAAAAUCAAAGACACCAAAACUACAGACUCUUCUGGUUUAAUGCCUUCUACAAAGGUUACAGAGCCCCCAUCAUAUGUAACAGACCAAGCAACAGAUAUGGCUUCAGCCGAGGUUGAUAAAAUAACCUUUACUGAUGAAAGUUCUGCAACAAAACAUGUGACAACUCAGCCAUCAUCAGUGGCAACAAAGGAGGUUGUCCAUGCAUCAGAUCCAGUCAAAGGACCAGCUGAAACUACAAAGACAUCCAAUGCAAUUAUUUCCAGUACGACUAUUGGUCAAACUGCAUUUGUAUCAUCAGGUGCGUCUGAUACUGUGGCAGUUACACAAUCAAGCCCCAAAACAGAUUCAUUUUUGACUGAAGAAGACACAACUACAGAGGCCAUUUCAGGCUUGGGUCUUUCACCUCAAUCAGUUGUUUCACCUAAGACAACACCAUAUCAGAGAGUAACUGAUAUUGGGUCAGUAACCGCUGAGGAUCUGAGUUUUACAAGUGUACCUGUUGGACCUACAACAGCUGCUGAGAAAACUACUCAAACACCAGUUGACAUCUCUGUUGGUCCUUCCGGUUCUGUUUCUGCUGGACCUCCUGGUGUCACUACAACAAGUGGUAAACCUACUGAUGAGCUUCCAUCUUCUGCAACCUCUGUAACCACACCUUUUCCAACAGGAAGCACAUUACCUGUUUUCAGCAGUUUAAUCAAGGCUACUGAUAGACCUGAUGUUGUGGAUGAAGUAGACAAUUCCAUCACAGACAUGGCUGAGAUGCAAACAAAACCAACAACCCUAAUUUCUGGUGUAGCCCAAACAACAACAUCUGGAGAUUUUGAAGCAACUUCUAUGUUUGUUGACAAAAUCGAAGACAAUAAAACUACAGACUCUUCUGGUUUGAUGCCUUCUACAAAGGUUACAGAGCCCCCAUCAGAUGUAACAGACCAAGCAACAGAUAUGACUUUAGCCGAGGUUAAUAAAAUAACCUUUACUGAUGAAAGUCCUGCAACAAAACAUGUGACAACUCAGCCAUCAUCAGUGGCAACAAAGGAGGUUGUCCAUGCAUCAGAUCCAGUCAAAGGACCAGCUGAAACUACAAAGACAUCCAAUGCAAUUAUUUCCAGUACGACUAUUGGUCAAACUGCAUUUGUAUCAUCAGGUGCGUCUGAUGCUGUGGCAGUUACACAAUCAAGCCCCAAAACAGAUUCAUUUUUGACUGAAGAAGACACAACUACAGAGGCCAUUUCAGGCUUGGGUCUUUCACCUCAAUCAGUUGUUUCACCUAAGACAACACCAUAUCAGAGAGUAACUGAUAUUGGGUCAGAAACCACUGAGGAUCUGAGUUUUACAAGUGUACCUCUUGGACCUACAACAGCUGCUGAGAAAACUACUCAAACACCAGUUGACAUCUCUGUUGGUCCUCCCGGUUCUUUUUCUGCUGGACCUCCUGGUGUCACUACAACAAGUGGUAAACCUACUGAUGACCUUUCGUCUUCUGUAACCUCUGUAACCACACCUUUUCCAACAGGAAGCACAUUACCUGUUUUCAGCAGUUUAAUCAAGGCUUCUGAUAGACCUGAUGUUUUGAAUGAAGUAGACAAUUCCGUCACAGACAUGGCUGAGAUGCAAACAAAACCAACAACGCCAAUUUCUAGUGUAGCCCAAACAACAACAUCUGGAGAUUUUGAAGCAACUUCUAUGUUUGUUGACAAAAUCAAAGACACCAAAGCUACAGACUCUUCUGGUUUGAUGACUUCUACAAAGGUUACAGAGCCCCCAUCAGAUGUAACAGACCAAGCAACCGAUAUGACUUCAGCCGAGGUUGAUAAAAUAACCUUUAGUGAUGAAAGUCCUGCAACAAAACAUGUGACAACUCAGCCAUCAUCAGUGACAACAAAGGAGGUUGUUUAUGCAUCAGAUUCAGUUACAGGACCAGCUGAAACUACAAAGACAUCCAAUGCAAUCAUUUCCAGUACGACUAUUGGUCAAACUGCAUUUGUAUCAUCAAGUGCGUCUGAUGCUGCUACUCCAGGAGAGAAACUUGCAUCACUUACAACAAGUGAGCACAUGAAAACUGUCGACUCCUCAACAGAACCUCCUCCACUUGCUUCUGCCACACCCUCAUUCAGUAGGACUGAGAAAUCAUCUACAACAAAGACUGUAAUGGAGUCAUUUUCCAUUGUUCCCACCACGACUCAUGCUGUAUCAACCCAUGACAGCAAACCAGAAGAGGUCUCCUCUUCAACACCCAAAUCUUUAUCAGAGGGUCCUCCUGUUACGACAGUUUCUCCAAUUUCGAUCUCAUCAACCACUGUCAUUCCAGGUUCAGUAACCCCUUUUGAACCAAUUAGUGACACUACACACAAGUCAAUGGAAGGUUUUACCGAGGACGUUGCCAAAACAAAAGGAAGGGAUGUGACAGAAGGUGCAACAACCAAAUCAUUUUCAAAAACAGAUAUUGUGGAGAUUUUGACAGAAAGCUCUACACCUUCUGUUCCCAUGCAAACUGAUGCCAGCCUUACCUCAUUAGUAAAUCAAGACCUGAUGGACAAAACUAUGGCAGUUACACAAUCAAGCCCCAAAACAGAUUCAUUUUUGACUGAAGAAGACACAACUACAGAGGCCAUUUCGGGCUUGGGUCUUUCACCUCAAUCAGUUGUUUCACUAAAGACAACAUCAUAUCAGAGAGUAACUGAUAUUGGGUCAGUAACUACUGAGGAUCUGAGUUUUACAAGUGUACCUGCUGGACCUACAACAGCUGCUGAGAAAACUACUAAAACACCAGUUGACAUCUCUGUUGGUCCUCCCGGUUCUUUUUCUGCUGGACCUCCUGGUGUCACUACAACAAGUGGUAAACCUACUGAUGAGCUUUCGUCUUCUGCAACCUCUGUAACCACACCUUUUCCAACAGGAAGCACAUUACCUGUUUUCAGCAGUUUAAUCAAGGCUACUGAUAGACCUGAUGUUGUGGAUGAAGUAGACAAUUCCAUCACAGACAUGGCUGAGAUGCAAACAAAACCAACAAUGCCAAUUUCUGGUGUAGCCCAAACAACAACAUCUGGAGAUUUUGAAGCAACUUCUAUGUUUGUUGACAAAAUCAAAGACACCAAAACUACAGACUCUUCUGGUUUAAUGCCUUCUACAAAGGUUACAGAGCCCCCAUCAUAUGUAACAGACCAAGCAACAGAUAUGGCUUCAGCCGAGGUUGAUAAAAUAACCUUUACUGAUGAAAGUCCUGCAACAAAACAUGUGACAACUCAGCCAUCAUCAGUGACAACAAAGGAGGUUGUUUAUGCAUCAGAUUCAGUUACGGGACCAGCUGAAACUACAAAGACAUCCAAUGCAAUCAUUUCCAGUACGACUAUUGGUCAAACUGCAUUUGUAUCGUCAAGUACGUCUGAUGCUGCUACUCCAGGAGAGAAACAUGCAUCACUUACAACAAGUGAGCACAUGAAAACUGUCGACUCUUCAACAGAACCUCCUCCACUAGCUUCUGCCACACCCUCGUUCAGUAGGACUGAAAUAUCAUCUACAACAAGGAUUGAAAUGGAGUCAUCUUCCAUUGUUCCCACCAGGACUCAUACUGUGUCAACCCAAAGCAGCAAACCAGAAGAGGUCUCCUCUUCAACACCCAAAUCUUUAUCAGAGGGUUCUCCUGUUAGGACAGUUUCUCCAAUUUCGAUCUCAUCAACCACUGUCAUUCCAGGUUCAGUAACCCCUUCUGAACCGAUUAGUGACACUACACACAAGCCAAUGGAAGGUUUUACCGAGGACGUUGCCAAAACAACAGGAAGGGAUGUGACAGAAGGUGCAACAACCAAAUCAUUUUCAAAAACAGAAAUUGUGGAGAUUUUGACAGAAAGCUCUUCACCUUCUGUUCCCAUGCAAACUGAUGCCAGCCUUACCUCAUUAGUAAAUCAAGACCUGAUGGACAAAACUAUGGCAGUUACACAAUCAAGCCCCAAAACAGAUUCAUUUUUGACUGCAGAAGACACAACUACAGAGGAAAUUUCAGGUUUGGGUCUUUCACCUCAAUCAGUUGUUUCACCUAAGACAACACCAUAUCAGAGAGUAACUGAUAUUGGGUCAGUAACCGCUGAGGAUCUGAGUUUUACAAGUGUACCUGUUGGACCUACAACAGCUGCUGAGAAAACUACUCAAACACCAGUUGACAUCUCUGUUGGUCCUUCCGGUUCUGUUGCUGCUGGACCUCCUGGUGUCACUACAACAAGUGGUAAACCUACUGAUGAGCUUUCAUCUGCUGCAACCUCUGUAACCACACCUUUUCCAACAGGAAGCACAUUACCUGUUUUCAGCAGUUCAACCAAGGCUACUGAUAGACCCAAUGUUGUGGAUGAAGUAGACAAUUCCAUCACAGACAUGGCUGAGAUGCAAACAAAACCAACAACGCCAAUUCUUGGUGUAGCCCAAACAACAACAUUUGGAGAUUUUGAAGCAACUUCUAUGUUUGUUGACAAAAUCAAAGACACCAAAACUACAGACUCUUCUGGUUUAAUGCCUUCUACAAAGGUUACAGAGCCCCCAUCAUAUGUAACAGACCAAGCAACAGAUAUGGCUUCAGCCGAGGUUGAUAAAAUAACCUUUACUGAUGAAAGUUCUGCAACAAAACAUGUGACAACUCAGCCAUCAUCAGUGGCAACAAAGGAGGUUGUCCAUGCAUCAGAUCCAGUCAAAGGACCAGCUGAAACUACAAAGACAUCCAAUGCAAUUAUUUCCAGUACGACUAUUGGUCAAACUGCAUUUGUAUCAUCAGGUGCGUCUGAUACUGUGGCAGUUACACAAUCAAGCCCCAAAACAGAUUCAUUUUUGACUGAAGAAGACACAACUACAGAGGCCAUUUCAGGCUUGGGUCUUUCACCUCAAUCAGUUGUUUCACCUAAGACAACACCAUAUCAGAGAGUAACUGAUAUUGGGUCAGUAACCGCUGAGGAUCUGAGUUUUACAAGUGUACCUGUUGGACCUACAACAGCUGCUGAGAAAACUACUCAAACACCAGUUGACAUCUCUGUUGGUCCUUCCGGUUCUGUUUCUGCUGGACCUCCUGGUGUCACUACAACAAGUGGUAAACCUACUGAUGAGCUUCCAUCUUCUGCAACCUCUGUAACCACACCUUUUCCAACAGGAAGCACAUUACCUGUUUUCAGCAGUUUAAUCAAGGCUACUGAUAGACCUGAUGUUGUGGAUGAAGUAGACAAUUCCAUCACAGACAUGGCUGAGAUGCAAACAAAACCAACAACCCUAAUUUCUGGUGUAGCCCAAACAACAACAUCUGGAGAUUUUGAAGCAACUUCUAUGUUUGUUGACAAAAUCGAAGACAAUAAAACUACAGACUCUUCUGGUUUGAUGCCUUCUACAAAGGUUACAGAGCCCCCAUCAGAUGUAACAGACCAAGCAACAGAUAUGACUUUAGCCGAGGUUAAUAAAAUAACCUUUACUGAUGAAAGUCCUGCAACAAAACAUGUGACAACUCAGCCAUCAUCAGUGGCAACAAAGGAGGUUGUCCAUGCAUCAGAUCCAGUCAAAGGACCAGCUGAAACUACAAAGACAUCCAAUGCAAUUAUUUCCAGUACGACUAUUGGUCAAACUGCAUUUGUAUCAUCAGGUGCGUCUGAUGCUGUGGCAGUUACACAAUCAAGCCCCAAAACAGAUUCAUUUUUGACUGAAGAAGACACAACUACAGAGGCCAUUUCAGGCUUGGGUCUUUCACCUCAAUCAGUUGUUUCACCUAAGACAACACCAUAUCAGAGAGUAACUGAUAUUGGGUCAGAAACCACUGAGGAUCUGAGUUUUACAAGUGUACCUCUUGGACCUACAACAGCUGCUGAGAAAACUACUCAAACACCAGUUGACAUCUCUGUUGGUCCUCCCGGUUCUUUUUCUGCUGGACCUCCUGGUGUCACUACAACAAGUGGUAAACCUACUGAUGACCUUUCGUCUUCUGUAACCUCUGUAACCACACCUUUUCCAACAGGAAGCACAUUACCUGUUUUCAGCAGUUUAAUCAAGGCUUCUGAUAGACCUGAUGUUUUGAAUGAAGUAGACAAUUCCGUCACAGACAUGGCUGAGAUGCAAACAAAACCAACAACGCCAAUUUCUAGUGUAGCCCAAACAACAACAUCUGGAGAUUUUGAAGCAACUUCUAUGUUUGUUGACAAAAUCAAAGACACCAAAGCUACAGACUCUUCUGGUUUGAUGACUUCUACAAAGGUUACAGAGCCCCCAUCAGAUGUAACAGACCAAGCAACCGAUAUGACUUCAGCCGAGGUUGAUAAAAUAACCUUUAGUGAUGAAAGUCCUGCAACAAAACAUGUGACAACUCAGCCAUCAUCACUGACAACAAAGGAGGUUGUUUAUGCAUCAGAUUCAGUUACAGGACCAGCUGAAACUACAAAGACAUCCAAUGCAAUCAUUUCCAGUACGACUAUUGGUCAAACUGCAUUUGUAUCAUCAAGUGCGUCUGAUGCUGCUACUCCAGGAGAGAAACUUGCAUCACUUACAACAAGUGAGCACAUGAAAACUGUCGACUCCUCAACAGAACCUCCUCCACUUGCUUCUGCCACACCCUCAUUCAGUAGGACUGAGGAAUCAUCUACAACAAAGACUGUAAUGGAGUCAUCUUCCAUUGUUCCCACCACGACUCAUGCUGUAUCAACCCAUGACAGCAAACCAGAAGAGGUCUCCUCUUCAACACCCAAAUCUUUAUCAGAGGGUCCUCCUGUUACGACAGUUUCUCCAAUUUCGAUCUCAUCAACCACUGUCAUUCCAGGUUCAGUAACCCCUUCUGAACCAAUUAGUGACACUACACACAAGUCAAUGGAAGGUUUUACCGAGGACGUUGCCAAAACAAAAGGAAGGGAUGUGACAGAAGGUGCAACAACGAAAUCAUUUUCAAAAACAGAUAUUGUGGAGAUUUUGACAGAAAGCUCUACACCUUCUGUUCCCAUGCAAACUGAUGCCAGCCUUACCUCAUUAGUAAAUCAAGACCUGAUGGACAAAACUAUGGCAGUUACACAAUCAAGCCCCAAAACAGAUUCAUUUUUGACUGAAGAAGACACAACUACAGAGGCCAUUUCGGGCUUGGGUCUUUCAUCUCAAUCAGUUGUUUCACUAAAGACAGCAUCAUAUCAGAGAGUAACUGAUAUUGGGUCAGUAACUACUGAGGAUCUGAGUUUUACAAGUGUACCUGCUGGACCUACAACAGCUGCUGAGAAAACUACUAAAACACCAGUUGACAUCUCUGUUGGUCCUCCCGGUUCUUUUUCUGCUGGACCUCCUGGUGUCACUACAACAAGUGGUAAACCUACUGAUGAGCUUUCAUCUUCUGCAACCUCUGUAACCACACCUUUUCCAACAGGAAGCACAUUACCUGUUUUCAGCAGUUUAAUCAAGGCUACUGAUAGACCUGAUGUUGUGGAUGAAGUAGACAAUUCCAUCACAGACAUGGCUGAGAUGCAAACAAAACCAACAACGCCAAUUUCUGGUGUAGCCCAAACAACAACAUCUGGAGAUUUUGAAGCAACUUCUAUGUUUGUUGACAAAAUCAAAGACACCAAAACUACAGACUCUUCUGGUUUAAUGCCUUCUACAAAGGUUACAGAGUCCCCAUCAUAUGUAACAGACCAAGCAACAGAUAUGGCUUCAGCCGAGGUUGAUAAAAUAACCUUUACUGAUGAAAGUCCUGCAACAAAACAUGUGACAACUCAGCCAUCAUCAGUGACAACAAAGGAGGUUGUUUAUGCAUCAGAUUCAGUUACGGGACCAGCUGAAACUACAAAGACAUCCAAUGCAAUCAUUUCCAGUACGACUAUUGGUCAAACUGCAUUUGUAUCGUCAAGUACGUCUGAUGCUGCUACUCCAGGAGAGAAACAUGCAUCACUUACAACAAGUGAGCACAUGAAAACUGUCGACUCUUCAACAGAACCUCCUCCACUUGCUUCUGCCACACCCUCGUUCAGUAGGACUGAAAUAUCAUCUACAACAAGGAUUGAAAUGGAGUCAUCUUCCAUUGUUCCCACCAGGACUCAUACUGUGUCAAUCCAAAGCAGCAAACCAGAAGAGGUCUCCUCUUCAACACCCAAAUCUUUAUCAGAGGGUUCUCCUGUUAGGACAGUUUCUCCAAUUUCGAUCUCAUCAACCACUGUCAUUCCAGGUUCAGUAACCCCUUCUGAACCGAUUAGUGACACUACACACAAGCCAAUGGAAGGUUUUACCGAGGACGUUGCCAAAACAACAGGAAGGGAUGUGACAGAAGGUGCAACAACCAAAUCAUUUUCAAAAACAGAAAUUGUGGAGAUUUUGACAGAAAGCUCUUCACCUUCUGUUCCCAUGCAAUCUGAUGCCAGCCUUACCUCAUUAGUAAAUCAAGACCUGAUGGACAAAACUAUGGCAGUUACACAAUCAAGCCCCAAAACAGAUUCAUUUUUGACUGCAGAAGACACAACUACAGAGGAAAUUUCAGGUUUGGGUCUUUCACCUCAAUCAGUUGUUUCACCUAAGACAACACCAUAUCAGAGAGUAACUGAUAUUGGGUCAGUAACCGCUGAGGAUCUGAGUUUUACAAGUGUACCUGUUGGACCUACAACAGCUGCUGAGAAAACUACUCAAACACCAGUUGACAUCUCUGUUGGUCCUCCCGGUUCUGUUGCUGCUGGACCUCCUGGUGUCACUACAAUAAGUGGUAAACCUACUGAUGAGCUUUCGUCUUCUGCAACCUCUGUAACCACACCUUUUCCAACAGGAAGCACAUUACCUGUUUUCAGCAGUUUAAUCAAGGCUACUGAUAGACCUGAUGUUGUGGAUGAAGUAGACAAUUCCAUCACAGACAUGGCUGAGAUGCAAACAAAACCAACAACGCCAAUUUCUGAUGUAGCCCAAACAACAACAUUUGGAGAUUUUGAAGCAACUUCUAUGUUUGUUGACAAAAUCAAAGACACCAGAACUACAGACUCUUCUGGUUUAAUGCCUUCUACAAAGGUUACAGAGCCCCCAUCAUAUGUUACAGACCAAGCAACAGAUAUGGCUUCAGCCGAGGUUGAUAAUAUAACCUUUACUGAUGAAAGUCCUGCAACAAAACAUGUGACAACUCAGCCAUCAUCAGUGGCAACAAAGGAGGUUGCCCAUGCAUCAGAUCCAGUCAAAGGACCAGCUGAAACUACAAAGACAUCCAAUGCAAUUAUUUCCAGUACGACUAUUGGUCAAACUGCAUUUGUAUCAUCAGGUGUGUCUGAUGCUGUGGCAGUUAGACAAUCAAGCCCCAAAACAGAUUCAUUUUUGACUGAAGAAGACACAACUACAGAGGCCAUUUCAGGAUUGGGUCUUUCACCUCAAUCAGUUGUUUCACCUAAGACAACACCAUAUCAGAGAGUAACUGAAAUUGGGUCAGAAACCACUGAGGAUCUGAGUUUUACAAGUGUACCUCUUGGACCUACAACAGCUGCUGAGAAAACUACUCAAACACCAGUUGACAUCUCUGUUGGUCCUCCCGGUUCUUUUUCUGCUGGACCUCCUGGUGUCACUACAACAAGUGGUAAACCUACUGAUGACCUUUCGUCUUCUGUAACCUCUGUAACCACACCUUUUCCAACAGGAAGCACACUACCUGUUUUCAGCAGUUCAACCAAGGCUUCUGAUAGACCUGAUGUUUUGAAUGAAGUAGACAAUUCCGUCACAGACGUGGCUGAGAUGCAAACAAAACCAACAACGCCAAUUUCUAGUGUAGCCCAAACAACAACAUCUGGAGAUUUUGAAGCAACUUCUAUGUUUGUUGACAAAAUCAAAGACACCAAAGCUACAGACUCUUCUGGUUUGAUGACUUCUACAAAGGUUACAGAGCCCCCAUCAGAUGUAACAGACCAAGCAACCGAUAUGACUUCAGCCGAGGUUGAUAAAAUAACCUUUAGUGAUGAAAGUCCUGCAACAAAACAUGUGACAACUCAGCCAUCAUCAGUGACAACAAAGGAGGUUGUUUAUGCAUCAGAUUCAGUUACAGGACCAGCUGAAACUACAAAGACAUCCAAUGCAAUCAUUUCCAGUACGACUAUUGGUCAAACUGCAUUUGUAUCAUCAAGUGCGUCUGAUGCUGCUACUCCAGGAGAGAAACUUGCAUCACUUACAACAAGUGAGCACAUGAAAACUGUCGACUCCUCAACAGAACCUCCUCCACUUGCUUCUGCCACACCCUCAUUCAGUAGGACUGAGGAAUCAUCUACAACAAAGACUGUAAUGGAGUCAUCUUCCAUUGUUCCCACCACGACUCAUGCUGUAUCAACCCAUGACAGCAAACCAGAAGAGGUCUCCUCUUCAACACCCAAAUCUUUAUCAGAGGGUCCUCCUGUUACGACAGUUUCUCCAAUUUCGAUCUCAUCAACCACUGUCAUUCCAGGUUCAGUAACCCCUUCUGAACCAAUUAGUGACACUACACACAAGUCAAUGGAAGGUUUUACCGAGGACGUUGCCAAAACAAAAGGAAGGGAUGUGACAGAAGGUGCAACAACCAAAUCAUUUUCAAAAACAGAUAUUGUGGAGAUUUUGACAGAAAGCUCUACACCUUCUGUUCCCAUGCAAACUGAUGCCAGCCUUACCUCAUUAGUAAAUCAAGACCUGAUGGACAAAACUAUGGCAGUUACACAAUCAAGCCCCAAAACAGAUUCAUUUUUGACUGAAGAAGACACAACUACAGAGGCCAUUUCGGGCUUGGGUCUUUCAUCUCAAUCAGUUGUUUCACUAAAGACAGCAUCAUAUCAGAGAGUAACUGAUAUUGGGUCAGUAACUACUGAGGAUCUGAGUUUUACAAGUGUACCUGCUGGACCUACAACAGCUGCUGAGAAAACUACUAAAACACCAGUUGACAUCUCUGUUGGUCCUCCCGGUUCUUUUUCUGCUGGACCUCCUGGUGUCACUACAACAAGUGGUAAACCUACUGAUGAGCUUUCAUCUUCUGCAACCUCUGUAACCACACCUUUUCCAACAGGAAGCACAUUACCUGUUUUCAGCAGUUCAACCAAGGCUUCUGAUAGACCUGAUGUUUUGAAUGAAGUAGACAAUUCUGUCACAGACAUGGCUGAGAUGCAAACAAAACCAACAACGCCAAUUUCUAGUGUAGCCCAAACAACAACAUCUGGAGAUUUUGAAGCAACUUCUAUGUUUGUUGACAAAAUCAAAGACACCAAAGCUACAGACUCUUCUGGUUUGAUGCCUUCUACAAAGGUUACAGAGCCCCCAUCAUAUGUAAAGGACCAAGCAACAGAUAUGGCUUCAGCCGAGGUUGAUAAAAUAACCUUUACUGAUGAAAGUCCUGCAACAAAACAUGUGACAACUCGGCCAUCAUCAGUGACAACAAAGGAGGUUGUUUAUGCAUCAGAUUCAGUUACAGGACCAGCUGAAACUACAAAGACAUCCAUUGCAAUCAUUUCCAGUACGACUAUUGGUCAAACUGCAUUUGUAUCGUCAAGUGCGUCUGAUGCUGCUACUCCAGGAGAGAAACAUGCAUCACUUACAACAAGUGAGCACAUGAAAACUGUCGACUCCUCAACAGAACCUCCUCCACUUGCUUCUGCCACACCCUCAUUCAGUAGGACUGAGGAAUCAUCUACAACAAAGACUGUAAUGGAGUCAUCUUCCAUUGUUCCCACCACGACUCAUGCUGUAUCAACCCAUGACAGCAAACCAGAAGAGGUCUCCUCUUCAACACCCAAAUCUUUAUCAGAGGGUCCUCCUGUUACGACAGUUUCUCCAAUUUCGAUCUCAUCAACCACUGUCAUUCCAGGUUCAGUAAUCCCUUCUGAACAAAUUAGUGACACUACACACAAGUCAAUGGAAGGUUUUACCGAGGACGUUGCCAAAACAAAAGGAAGGGAUGUGACAGAAGGUGCAACAACCAAAUCAUUUUCAAAAACAGAUAUUGUGGAGAUUUUGACAGAAAGCUCUACACCUUUUGUUCCCAUGCAAACUGAUGACAGCCUUACCUCAUUAGUAAAUCAAGACCUGAUGGACAAAACUAUGGCAGUUACACAAUCAAGCCCCAAAACAGAUUCAUUUUUGACUGAAGAAGACACAACUACAGAGGCCAUUUCGGGCUUGGGUCUUUCAUCUCAAUCAGUUGUUUCACUAAAGACAACAUCAUAUCAGAGAGUAACUGAUAUUGGGUCAGUAACUACUGAGGAUCUGAGUUUUACAAGUGUACCUGCUGGACCUACAACAGCUGCUGAGAAAACUACUAAAACACCAGUUGACAUCUCUGUUGGUCAUCCCGGUUCUUUUUCUGCUGGACCUCCUGGUGUCAAUGCAACAAGUGGUAAACCUACUGAUGAGCUUUCGUCUUCUGCAACCUCUGUAACCACACCUUUUCCAACAGGAAGCACAUUACCUGUUUUCAGCAGUUUAAUCAAGGCUACUGAUAGACCUGAUGUUGUGGAUGAAGUAGACAAUUCCAUCACAGACAUGGCUGAGAUGCAAACAAAACCAACAACGCCAAUUUCUGGUGUAGCCCAAACAACAACAUUUGGAGAUUUUGAAGCAACUUCUAUGUUUGUUGACAAAAUCAAAGACACCAAAACUACAGACUCUUCUGGUUUAAUGCCUUCUACAAAGGUUACAGAGCCCCCAUCAUAUGUAACAGACCAAGCAACAGAUAUGGCUUCAGCCGAGGUUGAUAAUAUAACCUUUACUGAUGAAAGUCCUGCAACAAAACAUGUGACAACUCAGCCAUCAUCAGUGGCAACAAAGGAGGUUGUCCAUGCAUCAGAUCCAGUCAAAGGACCAGCUGAAACUACAAAGACAUCCAAUGCAAUUAUUUCCAGUACGACUAUUGGUCAAACUGCAUUUGUAUCAUCAGGUGCGUCUGAUGCUGUGGCAGUUACACAAUCAAGCCCCAAAACAGAUUCAUUUUUGACUGAAGAAGACCCAACUACAGAGGCCAUUUCAGGCUUGGGUCUUUCACCUCAAUCAGUUGUUUCACCUAAGACAACACCAUAUCAGAGAGUAACUGAUAUUGGGUCAGUAACCGCUGAGGAUCUGAGUUUUACAAGUGUACCUGUUGGACCUACAACAGCUGCUGAGAAAACUACUCAAACACCAGUUGACAUCUCUGUUGGUCCUCCCGGUUCUGUUGCUGCUGGACCUCCUGGUGUCACUACAAUAAGUGGUAAACCUACUGAUGAGCUUUCGUCUUCUGCAACCUCUGUAACCACACCUUUUCCAACAGGAAGCACAUUACCUGUUUUCAGCAGUUUAAUCAAGGCUACUGAUAGACCUAAUGUUGUGGAUGAAGUAGACAAUUCCAUCACAGACAUGGCUGAGAUGCAAACAAAACCAACAACCCUAAUUUCUGGUGUAGCCCAAACAACAACAUCUGGAGAUUUUGAAGCAACUUCUAUGUUUGUUGACAAAAUCGAAGACAACAAAACUACAGACUCUUCUGGUUUGAUGCCUUCUACAAAGGUUACAGAGUCCCCAUCAGAUGUAACAGACCAAGCAACAGAUAUGAAUUUAGCCGAGGUUAAUAAAAUAACCUUUACUGAUGAAAGUCCUGCAACAAAACAUGUGACAACUCAGCCAUCAUCAGUGGCAACAAAGGAGGUUGUCCAUGCAUCAGAUUCAGUCAAAGGACCAGCUGAAACUACAAAGACAUCCAAUGCAAAUAUUUCCAGUACAACUUUUGGUCAAACUGCAUUUGUAUCAUCAGGUGCGUCUGAUGCUGUGGCAGUUACACAAUCAAGCCCCAAAACAGAUUCAUUUUUGACUGAAGAAGAUACAACUACAGAGGCCAUUUCAGGCUUGGGUCUUUCACCUCAAUCAGUUGUUUCACCUAAGACAACACCAUAUCAGAGAGUAACUGAUAUUGGGUCAGUAACCGCUGAGGAUCUGAGUUUUACAAGUGUACCUGUUGGACCUACAACAGCUGCUGAGAAAACUACUAAAACACCAGUUGACAUCUCUGUUGGUCCUCCCGGUUCUGUUGCUGCUGGACCUCUUGGUGUCACUACAAUAAGUGGUAAACCUACUGAUGACCUUUCACCUUCUGUAACCUCUGUAACCACACGUUUUCCAACAGGAAGCACAUUACCUUUUUUCAGCAGUUCAACCAAGGCUUCUGAUAGACCUGAUGUUUUGAAUGAAGUAGACAAUUCCAUCACAGACAUGGCUGAGAUGCAAACAAAACCAACAACGCCAAUUUCUAGUGUAGCCCAAACAACAACAUCUGGAGAUUUUGAAGCAACUUCCAUGUUUGUUGACAAAAUCGAAGACAGCAAAGCUACAGACUCUUCUGGUUUGAUGAUUUCUACAAAGGUUACAGAGCCCCCAUCAGAUGUAACAGACCAAGCAUCGGAUAUGACUUCAGUCGAGGUUGAUAAAAUAACCUUUAGUGAUGAAAGUCCUGCAACAAAACAUGUGACACCUCAACCAUCAUCACUGACAACAAAGGAGGUUGUCCAUGCAUCAGAUCAAGUUACAGAACCAGCUGAAACUACAAAAACAUCCAAUGCAAUAAUUUCCAGUACGACUAGUGGUCAAACUGCAUUUGUAUCGUCAGUUGCGUCUGAUGCUGCUUCUCCAGGAGAGAAACUUGCAUCACUUACAACUAGUGAGCACAUGAAAACUGUCUACUCCUCAACAGAACCUCCUCCACUUGCUUCUGCCACCCCCUUGUUCAGUAGGACUGAAAUAUCAUCUACAACAAGGAUUGAAAUGGAGUCAUCUUCCAUUGUUCCUAGCAGGACUCAUACUGUAUCAACCCAAAGCAGCAAACCAGAAGAGGUCUCCUCUUCAACACCCAAAUCUUCAUCAGAGGGUCCUCCUGUUAGGACAUUUUCUACAAUUUCGAUCUCAUCAACCAUUGUCAUUCCAGGUUCAGUAACCCCAUCUGAACCGAUUAGUGACACUACACACAAGCCAAUGGAAGGUUUUACCGAGGACGUUGCCAAAACAACAGGAAGGGAUGUGACAGAAGGUGCAACUACCAAAUCAUUUUCAAAAACAGAAAUUGUGGAGAUUUUGACAGAAAGCUCUUCACCUUCUGUUCCCAUGCAAACUGAUGCCAGCCUUACCUCAUUAGUAAAUCAAGACCUGAUGAACAAAACUAUGGCAGUUACACAAUCAAGCCCCAAAACAGAUUCCUUUUUGACUGAAGAAGACACAACUACAGAGGAAAUUUCAGGUUUGGGUCUUUCACCUCAAUCAGUUGUUUCACCUAAGACAACACCAUAUCAGAGAGUAACUGAUAUUGGGUCAGUAACUGCUGAGGAUCUGAGUUUUACAAGUGUACCUGUUGGACCUACAACAGCUGCUGAGAAAACUACUAAAACACCAGUUGACAUCUCUGUUGGUCCUUCCGGUUCUGUUUCUGCUGGACCUCCUGGUGUCACUACAACAAGUGGUAAACCUACUGAUGAGCUUUCAUCUUCUGCAACCUCUGUAACCACACCUUUUCCAACAGGAAGCACAUUACCUGUUUUCAGCAGUUUAAUCAAGGCUACUGAUAGACCUGAUGUUGUGGAUGAAGUAGACAAUUACAUCACAGACAUGGCUGAGAUGCAAACAAAACCAACAACGCCAAUUUCUGAUGUAGCCCAAACAACAACAUCUGGAGAUUUUGAAGCAACUUCUAUGUUUGUUGACAAAAUCGAAGACAAUAAAACUACAGACUCUUCUGGUUUGAUGACUUCUACAAAGGUUACAGAGCCCCCAUCAGAUGUAACAGACCAAGCAACAGAUAUGACUUUAGCCGAGAUUAAUAAAAUAACCUUUACUGAUGAAAGUCCUGCAACAAAACAUGUGACAACUCAACCAUCAUCAGUGGCAAGAAAGGAGGUUGUCCAUGCAUCAGAUCCAGUCAAAGGACCAGCUGAAACUACAAAGACAUCCAAUGCAAUAAUUUCCAGUACGACUAUUGGUCAAACUGCAUUUGUAUCAUCAGGUACGUCUGAUGCUGUGGCAGUUACACAAUCAAGCCCCAAAACAGAUUCAUUUUUUACUGAAGAAGACACAACUACAGAGGCCAUUUCAGGCUUGGGUCUUUCACCUCAAUCAGUUGUUUCACCUAAGACAACACCAUAUCAGAGAGUAACUGAUAUUGGGUCAGUAACCGCUGAGGAUCUGAGUUUUACAAGUGUACCUGUUGGACCUACAACAGCUGCUGAGAAAACUACUAAAACACCAGUUGACAUCUCUGUUGGUCCUUCCGGUUCUGUUUCUGCUGGACCUCCUGGUGUCACUACAACAAGUGGUAAACCUACUGAUGAGCUUUCAUCUUCUGCAACCUCUGUAACCACACCUUUUCCAACAGGAAGCACAUUACCUGUUUUCAGCAGUUUAAUCAAGGCUACUGAUAGACCUGAUGUUGUGGAUGAAGUAGACAAUUCCAUCACAGACAUGGCUGAGAUGCAAACAAAACCAACAACCCUAAUUUCUGGUGUAGCCCAAACAACAACAUCUGGAGAUUUUGAAUCAACUUCUAUGUUUGUUGACAAAAUCGAAGACAAUAAAACUACAGACUCUUCUGGUUUGAUGCCUUCUACAAAGGUUACAGAGCCCCCAUCAGAUGUAACAGACCAAGCAACAGAUAUGACUUUAGCCGAGGUUAAUAAAAUAACCUUUACUGAUGAAAGUCCUGCAACAAAACAUGUGACAACUCAGCCAUCAUCAGUGGCAACAAAGGAGGUUGUCCAUGCAUCAGAUCCAGUCAAAGGACCAGCUGAAACUACAAAGACAUCCAAUGCAAUUAUUUCCAGUACGACUAUUGGUCAAACUGCAUUUGUAUCAUCAGGUGCGUCUGAUGCUGUGGCAGUUACACAAUCAAGCCCCAAAACAGAUUCAUUUUUGACUGAAGAAGACACAACUACAGAGGCCAUUUCAGGCUUGGGUCUUUCACCUCAAUCAGUUGUUUCACCUAAGACAACACCAUAUCAGAGAGUAACUGAUAUUGGGUCAGUAACUGCUGAGGAUCUGAGUUUUACAAGUGUACCUGUUGGACCUACAACAGCUGCUGAGAAAACUACUAAAACACCAGUUGACAUCUCUGUUGGUCCUCCCGGUUCUGUUGCUGCUGGACCUCUUGGUGUCACUACGAUAAGUGGUAAACCUACUGAUGACCUUUCACCUGCUGUAACCUCUGUAACCACACGUUUUCCAACAGGAAGCACAUUACCUGUUUUCAGCAGUUCAACCAAGGCUACUGAUAGACCCAAUGUUGUGGAUGAAGUAGACAAUUCCAUCACAGACAUGGCUGAGAUGCAAACAAAACCAACAACGCCAAUUUCUGGUGUAGCCCAAACAACAACAUCUGAAGAUUUUAAAGCAACUUCUAUGUUUGUUGCCAAAAUCAAAGACAACAAAACUACAGACUCUUCUGGUUUGAUGCCUCCUACAAAGGUUACAGAGCCCUCAUCAGAUGUAACAGAUGAAGCAUCGGAUAUGACUUCAGCCGAGGUUGAUAAAAUAACCUUUACUGAUGAAAGUCCUGCAACAAAACAUGUGACAACUCAACCAUCAUCAGUGACAACAAAGGAGGUUGUCCAUGCAUCAGAUCCAGUUACUGGACCAGCUGAAACUACAAAAACAUCUACUUCCAUCACGACUAUUGGUCAAAAUGCAUUUGUAUUGUCUUGUGGACCUGACGCUGCUAGUUUCAAAUUCUCAACAGAACCUCCUCCACUUGCUUCUGACACACCCGCAUUAAGUAGUACAGAGGAAUCAUUUACAACAGAGCCUGUAAUGGAGUCAUCUUCCAUUGUUCCCACCAAUACUGAUGCUGUAUCAACCCAAAGCAGCAAACCAGAAGAGGUCUCCUCUUCAACACCCAAAUCUUUAUCAGAGGGUCCUCCCGUUAAGACAGUUUCUCCAUCUUCAAUCUCAUCAACCACUGUCAUUCCCGGCUUAGUAACCCCUUCUGAACCAAUUAGUGACACUACAAACAAGCCAAUGGAAGGUUUUAUUGAGGACGUUGCCAAAACAACAGUAAGGGAUAUAACAGAAGGUGCAACAACCAAACUGUUUUCCACAACACAAAUUGUGGAGAUUUUGACAGAAAGCUCUACAGCUUUUCUUACCAUGCAAACUGAUGCGAGUCUUACCUCAUUAUACCUGAUGGACAAAACUAUGGCAGUUACACAAUCAAGCCCCAAAACAGAUUCAUUUUUGACUGAAGAAAACACAACUACAGAGGAAAUUUCAGGUUUGAGUCUUUCACCUCAAUCAGCUGUUUCACCUAAGACAACACCAUAUCAGAGAGUAACUGAUAUUGGGUCAGUAACCACUGAGGAUCUGAGUUUUACAAGUGUACCUGUUGGACCUACAACAGCUGCUGAGAAAACUACUAAAACACCAGUUGACAUCUCUGUUGGUCCUUCCGGUUCUGUUUCUGCUGGACCUCCUGGUGUCACUGCAACAAGUGGUAAACCUACUGAUGAGCUGUUAUCGUCUGUAACCUCUGGGGUAACACCAGUUGCUGUCACAACUAAAUUUGAUGACACCAAAACAACAGUGUCUGUGACUAGCAAGAGGAGGUCGACCAUAAUCCCACCUCCACCACCUACAAGUCCACCCGCCAUGCCUUCCAAGGGAAAAAAAGAGCAAACAUUCCCAUCAGCCUCAGAAACUACAAGAACAAAAGUGAAACUUCUCAAUACAGUAAUGCCUACAAUCAGUUCUGGAUAUAAGACAGCUUCCUGGAGCCCAGAAACAGAUUUUACUGAGACCAUUUCAAAAGCACAAAGUACACAAAUUAGUAUGGAUCUUACAACUAAAAUUCCUGAACAAAAAAUGACCACUCAGGGUCCCUUCUAUGGUUCUUCUACUGAUGGUGACAAUCAUUCUCAACCUACUGACCACUCAAAGAUUCCUUCUACAAUGAAGAGCACUGAGAUACAUAAUAAUUUGGUCAACAGAAAUUCUUCAUCCACCACUGUUGGUUAUGAUAGAACUACAGUCUUGCCUACAUCUCUACACUCGUUACUGAUGACAUCAACUAGGCACAAAGCCCUGGCUACCACCAAGCCACCAACUGUUUUCACCACGCUGAUGACACUUAUGUCCCGCUCAACUGAAUUUAGGCAGAUGUCAAAAGUACCUAGGACACCAGAGGACACAAUUUCUGAAGAAUCAACAACUGAAAAAUCAACGGUGAGUAAGGAUACGCCCAUCACCACAGAGAGUACCGAAGGUGAAGACAUUACUGUAACCACAGGAAGCUCCUGGAUGACUGACUUGGUAACAUCUACCAUCAAGGCUGUUACAGCUACUGUAACUAACCUGGGAAGCACUAUUUUACCUAUAAAUCAUGGAGAGAUGUCAACUAAAUCUUUGAUGGCAGAACAAAUAGAUGGUGCAUCACAAGGUUCCCCCUCAUCUCUCCAGCUACCAACCUCCCCAGAUGUGGAGAGCAUGUCUCCGAGUAGUGUCUCCACUGAAGCGAUAAGAUAUCCUACAACCUCAUCAAGAGACUUGUCAUCUUCUGAACUGUCCACAUCGCCUGAACCAGAAGGCUCAGGAUUGGAAGGGACAUUGUCCAACAUCAAUGGUGCCACUGAAAUAACUCGCAUGGAAGAGAAUACAUCACCUAGAGUUACUCCUAUGGAUUUAAAGGAUUCCACCUCUUCCAUCACAUCAAAAGAUUCAUCAGCUGGUGAGCCAGAGGGCUCAGGACAGGACAGGAAAGCUCAACAGGACAUGGUGUUCUCCUUUUCUAAUCUUGCGACAACUAAACAGGACUACAGGGUGUUCCAGUUAGUGAAUCCCGACCAAAAGCCAUCAGAAAGGGUGACUGAGAAGGCAACCCCUACAGUGACUCCGAGCAAGGCUGCAACAACAGCGACAACAAAGCCGGGUGAAAUGACAAGCAUGUUACAACCAUCCACAAAUCCAGAUCCCCGCAAAUGUCCACAUUGUGAAAUGGAUCUGUGCCCUGUGUGUGGGUCUGAUGGUAAGACCUAUCAAUCUGCUUGUGAGUUGAAGCGUGUGGCCUGCCUACGAGGAUCCACUACGCUGGUAGCUGAUUAUUCUGGAGACUGCAUACCUGGGCUGCUUGAUCUUGUCACUGGAAAGAUAUCAUGCCAGGAGUUUAUGUGUCCAUCCAUCUAUAAUCCCGUUUGUGGCAGUGGUCAUGUGACCUAUGACAAUGACUGUAGCCUCAUAAAGACCCAGCUGUGUAUGGAUGGGAUGCAGGACCUGGUCAAGGUGCAUCAUGGGAUAUGUGAAGACUUCCUGUAUCUACAGGCUGAGGAGAAAAUGAAAAAAGUGAUUUAAUUGAUGGUCCAUUGUAAAAGUUAAGGUAGUGAUGCAAAUAAUCAAUGAUGAAGAGUAACACUGAAAUUGAUUAUGUGACAGCAAGACUCAAGGUUUAAGGCUCAAGAUCACUGCCUUGAAAUGUAUACAAUUUAUACAUGAAAAAAAAAAACCCAGAGGUGCUAUUGCAAAAAGUGUGGAUUAACUUGCAGUCUUGCACUUAUUUUAUUAUAGCCAAUUAUGAGAUCAUAAACCUUGAAGGUAAAUAUUUUUAUAAGACUGUUAUAUGCUGCAUACUGUGUGUAUAUUCGAGACAUGUUUUAGUAUUUCCUGAAUAAUCCUGUCAUUUAUGUGAAGAUUGUUUAAGACUCUUUGCAUUCAACAGUCAUCUUGGCAGUUGUUAUUGUACAAAGGUCUGCUGGUAUGAAUCCCUAUAAACAAGCGAACACACCUCCAAGAUGGCUGCAAUGCAAAGGAUCUAUUCUUAUAUGUGUGUUAAUGGUUAAUUGGUGAAUUCCACCUUGAAACAUAUUGUUGCUAUGACUUCAUGUUGUGCUUGAGCAUUUGUCAAAAGAAUGAACUAGCACUGGUUAUGGCAAGCUAGGCAUGCCAGUAUGUACUAAAAAGUGUUUAACCCGAAGCUAGGCAUGCCAAUAUGUACUAAAAAGUGUUUAACCCGAACCUAAAUUUUGGUGGGCAAGCCAUGAGUACCGAGUCCAUCAAAAUGCACCUAUAGCAGUGGUGGUCCUGUGAUGGAUUUCAGUGGAUUUGGUUGUGAAGCAUUAUGUGAAGCAAAGUCAGUGAUAGAUUUUGAUGGACUGGUUACAGUUCUUAGUAAAAGACACCAGGGAGUUAGGUUAAACACAGUGUGACUUGAUAUGUACAUGUAUUGUGAAGACGGACCGUCAGAGUAAUUUUGGGAAAUUGAUCAGUAUCCUAUCUGUAAUAGAAUGUGGAUACACAGACUAGUGUGGGAUGAUCAACGUUCCACUUCUCAGAUUUGUGUUCCUCAGAGAGUGCUCUUGUUUGCAUUUGUAGUUUGACAAGUUUUUUCUUGAUGUUACAGUUGAAAUACUUGGAUGGGUUAAGAGGAAUAUCGUUGUCUUGUUGAAGAAAGACAUUUCAUAGUUAUUCAUUAGUUAUUAUAAAGAAAAUAUUGUUGAUACAGAAAUUGGUUUUUUUUGGCUGUUCCAAAUGCCAUCUUGCGGUGCUGGGUAAAGUAUGUGCCUUCAUUGUGGAAAGGGGGUAUGUUAUUUGUUACAUAACUUACAUGACAUGCACACAUUUAUUAUUAAAAUGACACUUAAAAAAAAAUGUUUUGCUUUUUAUAACCAUUUACUAUUUUGCCACAGAUAUUAUGAAUGAAAUAAAUCGGAAUGAUGCAACUUCUGGGGUUAAGUGUCUUAUGAACAUUGGGCUGUAAAAAAAACCCCAAAACAAAAACAAACAUUUGUUAUGAGGAAUCAACUUAAUGUGAUGUGAAAUGAAAGACAAGAGAAGUUUGAACUUCUUGAAGUGAAGCAAAGGAAGGCAAUAAUCCUAUUCGUUAAGUGUAGUACAACUGGGUCCAGAUCACUUUGGGAAAGAGUUCCAUACCUGGACAUCACCUGACACUCUGUGCACAAACCCUUGAGACAGGUUUGAAAAUUUGAUGUGUUUCUCAGUAAAUGCUUCAAUAUUUUUCCUGCUAAAUUGACUUCUUAGGACAUAUAAUUGCAUUCUGAUGGUUGAUAGGUAAUUGCAGGGGAAAAUAAGUGAUGUUGAUAUAUGGAAUUCCUCCCUAAGAGGUCAAGGUAGUCAUUGGAGCCCAAGUUUUAGGCCAUGGUGAGGCCCAGGCAAGUCUAAUUCACAAAUGACAGUAACUCAGCCAGUUACUGACUGCAUAGAGGAGUGUAGGCUGGCCUCUGGACCAGCCAAUUGGGUUUUGUUUAAAGGUAGAUGUUAAAAAAAUAACAUGCGUUAGGUUGACUUUGUGCAAAUUGACAUUUAACAAUUGUUGACUGCUGCGAUGAGGGAUAUGACAUUUUGAACACCCGAGGGGAUAUGCACCCAAGGGCAUUCAAAACGUCAUAUCCCACAUCAAAGCAAUCAAUAAUUGUUUUCUUGUACCUCUGUCUUGGAUUAUUUUGAUUUUGAUGUAAAAAUCUCGAAAACAAACAGUAGUAAACACAGCAAUCAUGACCAUCGAACGUCGGUUCACAUGCAUGUCGCGUGCUCGAAACAGCUGAUCUUCUGCAAGUUGGCUGCUCCCACUCGUGUGAAAACAUGGUGAAAAUGGCGUGGGUACCAACAAUACUAGCAUUUCGUACAUACCAUAUGAACGUGAUAUCCCAUUGAGAGUGUGCCAUGACUUUUUAUAAACUUAACACGUGAUCGUUCUGGGUCAAUGAAAAUACAGUAUUUAAGACAGAGGUAUAACAAUAUGCAAUGUACCCUUUGGACUAUACUUCCAUAGUUAAAUAGUGCAAGAUUGUCAAACACUGGUGCUUUAGACUUAGUGUUUUUGCGUAACUAAAUUUUGUAGAAAACUUAAAUUUUUAGAUUAUGUGUAGUUUGUAGAAGAUAAUAUUCUUUUUUACUAAAGCCAAUAAUUUAUGCCAUUACUGCAAUAAAAAAUAAUAUCUUUCAAGUGUAAAUUAUGUAGACAUCGAGUAUCGAUUGUUGAAAGAUAGAAUAUGGCAUUUCCUAGUAAUAAAGGUUAUUCUGGAACUUUU